AUGACGAGCGAAGACCAACUCAUCUCCCUGCGUCGAAGACGAGGCUACUGUAGCGGCCGAUUCACAUAUUUAUCGAAUCGACUGGACGAGUACGAGCAAUCUGAGAGUCAGCAAAAUUCCUUAUUAAAGAAUUACGAGAAACAACUGACCGAAGUUGCGAGUCAAUUCGAAGCGAUUCAACUCGAAUUAGAAGUAUUGGACGAGGGGGAACAAGCGCGCGGCUUCGAAAUAAGGGAUCAGUACGUCGCGGUAGACACAAGGCUACAAAAUCUUCUGAGGAACGCGCAAACAGCUUCGCCGUCGACAUCCAUAAACCCUCCAACCUGUGCAUCAUCCGCAAGUUCAAAUCCGAUAUCCAUUAAAUUACCAGAUCUUCGGCUCCCUACCUUUGACGGAAGCUUAGAAAAAUGGAACACGUUUUAUGAUACUUUUUCCUCCACUAUCGAUAAAAAUCCUAGUCUCACUGACAUACAGAAAUUCCAUUACCUGCAGUCCGCCCUGCAAGGAGAAGCAGCCGAUUGUUUAAACGCGUUACCCCUUAGUAAUGUAAACUACAGUCAGGCUAUAGCCGUUCUCAAGGAAAGUUUCGAAUGUCCACGAUACACAGCUUUCAGUCACUGCAUGGCAAUAAUUGAUUAUCCAAGGAUAACCAAGGAGUCUCCAACGGAAUUAAGGCGCUUAGUCCACACAUUUAAACAACAUAUAUAUGCAUUGAACAAAUUAGGAGAGUCCUACCCCGAUACGAGUGCUAUGCUCAACAGCCUCAUCCUCUCGAAAAUACCACUAAGUAUCCAAAAGCAAUGGGAAAUGACGCUGCCCAAUAACGAGGUACCUCCGUACAUUCAUUUAUUAAACUUCCUAGAGAGAUUAGCACGAAGCUCUAGACCGAUCACCACGGUCAGACAAACAAGAGAAUCACCGGAACAAACUACUCCGGUCCGUCAACGCGCAUCACGAGGGCAUGCACUUACGGCGACACAGGUUACUCCAACAUGCCCCACCUGUCAAGGACCACACCCCAUUUGGAGAUGUGACACCUUCAAAACCAAAUCCCUUCGCGAACGCAUUCGGGAGGUCAAAAGAGCAUCACUAUGCCUCAACUGUCUCGGGAAAGGGCACACAACGAAGCAUUGUUUCGCAGGAUCAUGUCGCAUAUGCGGAGAACGACAUCAUACAAUGCUGCAUAGGACAAAACGCCAUUCAGGGUCUCGUUCCAGCACGUCCAGCCCGAAAUCUUCCCCAUCCAAUAGCCGAUCCACAACACCUUCCUUGCCACCUCACGUAUCACCCACUCGCCGCAAAAGGCACACAACAGACCACAGAUCGGAAACACCACGAACAGCCGCGUCUCCAAGUCCACCGCCCAGUGACAGACGAACACACAACCAAUGA